AUGUUUAAAAAACCGUUCAACAUAAAGAAAAACACAAAUCAACGAAAUUCCGACUCGUAAGUCAUCAAGUUUUUUGCAGUUAUUCGAAAACUUUUCUUGCAGACGAAAAUUGUUCAACAGACUGAAAGAUGAAGUGAAUGCAAACACGAAUAUCAAUAAAAAGGGGCAGGUAAGCAACGAGAAUGUUUUUAAAAGAUAUUAACUGUUUUUCAGGUCGCCCAAGUGAAAAUCAUGAAUUCGGAAGGAACACAAAUGCACAUUUACACCGUCGACAAAGUGCCGAUGCUUUUCGAUUUCAGCGAAGCCGGCAACAUUUAUCCGACUAUAUACUAUCUGUGGAACAAUCCGAAAGCGUUUCCAGUGAUAAUUUGCCACGAUCCAGUGUUCGGUUACCUAGAGAACGGCGCCGAUUUGAUGCUGCCCGGAGUGAUUCGUUCGGCCAAUUUCCGCUUCCCCAGUUUCCAAAAGGGCGUCCCUCUCGCCAUCGCCUUCUAUUCUUCGGAAAAGGAAACAGUGUCGGGACCUUCGGCGGUCGGAGUCUCUUUAAUGUCCUCCGAAGACAUGUUCGCGUGCGGAUUCAAGGGAAAAGGAGUCCAAGUUCUACACGUGUUCAGAGACCAACUCUGGGAGUUCGGACCGAAAGGACUGCCGCCAGUUUUGAGCUUGGAAGAGUGGUCUGAGAUUGGAGAGGAACCUUCAGGGGACAUUUUACUGGAGGAAGAGGAAGAAGAAGGAUCUUCGGCGGAUAAGGACCAAGAGCCAGAAGAAGAGCAGAAAAAGGAGGAUACGGAUGAAGAUGAGAUAACAGAAACCAUGGAGCACUUGCUCACUCGCUGUUUCCUGGCAGGGCUCAAACACCGUUUCACGCGUGGGCUCCUUCCGAUCGACGUCGGCCAGUUCUACACUCAAUGCGUUCUCGCGUGUGUUCCCGACGGCCGGCGGCUGGAUAUGAAGAAGACGAGCUACAAGAAAUUCGGAACGUUUCUGCAGGAAAUCAACAAGGAGACCGACGAAUGGAUCAUCCGAACGGCGGCGAGCAAAGAUAAAAAGGGGGCGGAUGUGGUGACGGAGGUUAACUUUUCUAAUAGAAUGUUCCGAGACUUCCAAGUGAGCGACGAGCGGAUUGUGGACGAGGCGCCGGAUGUGAAGCGAAAGUUCGAGUCUCCCUCCAUUGCCGAAUGCUUUUCGAUCACCGAACCUGUAUCCGCUCUCUUCCGAAACCACAACAAAGGGGACAUUGUAACUUUGAAGGAGACCAGAGAAAUUCUGACGAAAUAUAUCAAUGAUAAUGUAAGAAUGAACUGUUGGCGUUAAAUCUUUCAAUAACAAAUAUAUUCCAGAAGCUGAAUGCUGCGAAGUCAGUGCGUUUGGAUCCGCUCCUCAGCAAAAUCACGCAUCUUCAAGGUGAAACUGCGGAUUGGGUGGAUAUCAUGAGCCAGAUCCACAUGAGAAUGACCGCCACGUGGUACAUCAGAUGGCCGGACGGAAGAGAAGUCGUCAGAAAGGUAACGUGUCCGAAGAUCGAGUUCAAGAUUGAGAAUCGAGCAGGAAACAAGAAAGUGACGCUGAUCAACGGACUCGCACUGUUCGGCAUUGAUAUUCGAGCGAUUUGCCAUCAUAUUCAGGUUUCUAGAAGCUUCCGAUCGUUCCAUUUCCACGUGUCCUUUUGCAGACAGGCGUGGCAACGAGUGUGACGAGCCAGUGGGGCGUGCCGGGCGUCGAAGGACCGCAAGUGCUCGUGCAGGGAAAUCAGAUCCACUUCGUCUCGGACCUCCUCAUCAAAUCUUACAAAAUCGACAAAAAGUUCAUGAAAGGCCUCGAGUUGGCCGUCAAAAAGAAGAAAUGAUUGUUAUGUUAUUACUUGUUCUAUUUGUAUUUAUCUCUCGUUAUUCUCCAGGGUCUUUCUAUUUAUUUUUUGAACACACACACACACACACAAAUACUUUUCCUGUGUACCUCCUCCCUAACGGUUUGAUAAAACUUGGCAUAUUCCCUAAAUGUUGAAGUUUAAAAGUUCGAUAUGUUUUCUUGCAUGCAUAUUUACACUCUUUUCGAUAAUUUCUGCUAAAAUCUUUCCCCAAUCCCUUCAGAAAAUGACCGGAAGUACCUGCAGUUGGCGAAAGAGAUUGUGAAGAAUUUCGGAACAAAAGGCCAAUUCGGUACGCGGCCGGAGCCGGGAACGCGAGAGCCGUGCACGCGGAAGACGGAAACAUUCGCGUCGAGUUUGAGGUGGAAAAGGACCAGACGAACCACUUCGAGACGCUGCACGGAGGCUGCACUGCCACGCUCAUCGACAACUUCACCACGGCGGCGCUUCUGCUCACCAAACAGGCGCGGCCGGGAGUUUCCGUCGACUUGCACGUCACGUGAGUGUGCCUAAUCGAAUUGUAAGCAUGGGAAUCCGAUGCUUGCAGGUAUCUGACGGCGGCGAAGAUCGGAGAGACCCUCGUGCUCGACUCGACCGUCACCAAGCAAGGACGCACUCUCGCAUUCACCAAGGUUAACAAUUGUGGAAUUCUGAGCCAUAUUUAGGUAGAAACUUUUCAAAUAAACAAAUUUCAGGCGGAACUGUACCGCAAACGCGACAACGUGAUGAUUGCCACCGGAGUGCACACGAAGGCGUUCCCGGCGAUGAAGAAGAGCGAAUAA